UUUACAUGUCUACCGUUUGUAAUGUUCUGAAUUUGUUUUUACAGAUAUCACAGAAUAUGUUGAGCUAAGAGAACCAGACGAAUCACCACCUGGCAGGUUUACAUAUUUUCUUCACUUGGAAUAGUUCAUCAGUUAAAAAGCCAUAAAAUUACAGACACAAGAAGAAAAGAUAAGAGAAACAAGAAAUCAGAGUGAACGACAACUCGGUCAAGUAGAACCGACGGCGACGCGGCGACUGACUUUGAAGAUUUAGAAUUGAGUAUUAACAAGCAUCAAAGUCACUGUUGAAAGUCUCCCAGGAUGUGCUGUUUGACUAUGUAAAGCUAAAGAAGAGGAAGAAAUCACGGUUUUAACAGGUCUCCCAGGAUGUGCUGUUGAAGUAUGUAAAGCUUAAGAAGAGGAAGAAAUCACCAUUUUGACAGGUCUCCCAGGAUGUGCUGUUGAAGUAUGUAAAGCUAAAGAAGAGGAAGAAAUCACCAUUUUGACAGACAGGUUUAAUUGAGAACACUUGGAGGCUGCAGUGAAUGAAGACAAAGCAUUGAGAAGCAAGUGUCAAGAGAGAUCUCCCUGACUGAAAUCAACACAGAAUUAUAAAGUCACAGGAAAAAGAAGUCUGGUGUCAGUCAUGUAUACAGCAGUAUUACAGAAAUCUGUCAGAGUGAGAGGUGUUAGUCAGUGUAAACACAUUACCCUCGUGACAUCAGACCGGGUCUGGAUCAGUGAUUAUAAUGGCAAUUUAAUCUUAACAAACACGAGAGGUGACAUUCUAGAUAGUGUGACGGAUUUACUUAGACAUGGUUCUGGAGUACAUACUGUGACUCAAAAUGGUGAUGUGAUUUAUAUAGACAGACAUAGUAACAUCAUAAAACGAUCUAAAGAUAAAGUAAAGACCAGAGUGAUACCAUACACAUCACCAUGGGUACCAUACUGUGUCUACAGCUCCCCCUCCACUGGAGACCUGCUGGUCGGGAUGUAUAGAUAUACUGAUACAGAUACAGGCCAGGUUAACCGUUACAAUAACACAGGAGAACACAUACAGACCAUACAGCACGACUACACAGGUCAGGGACUGUAUAGUAAUCCUCUAUACAUCACAGAGAACCGCAAUGGAGAUGUUAUUGUGUCUGACUUUCGUUAUAUUGGUGUUGGUGCUGUAGUGGUGACAGACAGAAGAGGGAGACAUCGCUUCUCCUACACACGUACUCCAUCAGGAUCAAGACUACGACCAUGGGGAAUCUGUACUGACGCGCUGUCACACAUCCUGCUGUGUGAUGGUAACACCAACACAGUACAUAUCAUUGAUAAAGAUGGUAACUACCUGACACAGUUAGAUACAGUACAACACAGGAUAGACUGGCCAUCCUGCCUGAGUUAUGAUGACAUCACCCGGUCUGUCUGGGUAGGAUCAUACCGCCACAACACCGUGAAGAUCUACAGACUUAUCUAUGGAGGGGAUAAUCUGACUGAUCCAAGCAGUGAUGAUAUAAAUAAAGUGAAUGAGUUGAAGAAGUUUCUGAGAAAGGAGAAGACAACUGUUUCCCAUGCUAGAGGAAUACUUGUUGGAUGUGCUGAGGCUGGAAAAACGACACUACUGAAGAGAUUAAGAGGGCAACAUCACAAUAUCAGCGAAAUUACAGAGUCCACGAGGGGACUUGAACUCCAUCAACAUCUCUUUAUUGUUAGAGAUGGAAUUCUGGAAGAGGCUGAUGAUGACUCACCAUUGAAGACAUUUAUCAGGAUAAACACUGCAGAUUUGAAACCAGACCCGGGCAGUGCAACUGACAUCUCCGAUACAAAUGAACAAGAAGACAAUUUGGAGCAAGGAAGUACUGAUAAAAACACUGAAGUAGUUUUAUAUAGCAGAGAAGAAAUGAAAGAAGAGAACGUUGUGAGGUCCAUUUCUCCAUCUGAAGGCAAAGAAGAACGGAAUACAGUUGAGACAAUGGCCAGUGUUCUCUCCUCAGAAACACAAGAAAUGGUGAAGGAUGAAAUUUUUCAGAAAAUCCUGUCUGAAAAAGAAAAAUUCCCGACCGUUAGCUUGCUGGAUUUUGCUGGCCAGUUAGCAUAUUAUGCAUGUCACCAAAUUUACGUAACACCAAAGGCCUUCUUCAUCCUUGUACUGGACAUGACUAAGGAGUUUGAAGAUGUUAUUGAUAAAGAGAAAGAUAAUCAAGAAGGAUCAAUCUUUUCCAUUUGGACUUACAGAGACUACCUGAAGUUUUGGAUUACCUCAAUCAAGACAUUUGGAGGCAAAAAAGCACCACUGUUUCUUGUUGCCACACACACGGAGAAAAAAUCUACAGAUGUAAGUAUUCAGGCUAAUUGAAAUGUGAAUCACAAAAAAUAACUGAUACCAACCUAUUUGAUAAUGCACAAUUACAGUUAAAAUUCAGAAAUACAAAAGAACCAAUAAUUAAUUGACAGUUAAUCGUAUUACACAAUCAUGUAUUUUGUAUUACAUCCAGAGUGUCAUAUAA